AUCAUAAACUUACUGUAAAAUUGAAAUUCAAUUAUAAGUUCGAAAUGAUAAGCUAGCUUCUUUUAACAUGUAGCCUUAAUAUUAUCGGGUAGGAGGGUGGAAUCUUCUAUAAACCCUCACUCGUGCGUCGUUAAGCACUACGGCCUUAUCCACACCUACCCUCAUUUCCCUUUUGCCUAUUUUCAUCAUCUGCUUAUCCCGACUUUCUGCUGAAAUCAAACGACACCAAUUUUUUAAAAUGGCUUCAGCAAAUGCUAUUCCUACAACCUCCAGCCUCCCUUCAUCUUCCAGACAGUUGGGGGUGAAGAAUAGAAGAGCGACCCAAUUCCAAAUGUGUUUGCAGAAUCAGGUUAAGAACCGGUCUGUGGUGAGGGCCAAUGCUAAGGAGAUUGCAUUCGAUCAAAAGUCAAGGUCCGCUAUGCAGAUUGGUAUAGACAAGCUCGCCGAUGCAGUUGGUCUCACUCUUGGCCCCAGGGGAAGGAACGUGGUGUUGGAUGAGUUUGGGGCCCCAAAGGUGGUGAAUGAUGGUGUGACGAUUGCACGGGCCAUAGUGUUGCCUGAUGCUAUGGAAAAUGCUGGUGCUGCCCUCAUUAGAGAGGUCGCAAGCAAGACGAAUGAUUCUGCUGGUGAUGGGACCACUACAGCUUCAGUGCUUGCACGUGAAAUCAUCAAACUUGGCCUUCUUAGUGUGACAUCAGGUGCUAACCCGGUUUCUCUGAAGAGGGGCAUUGAGAAAACUGUCCAGGGUUUGGUUGACGAGCUUGAGAAGAAAGCUAGGCCAGUCAAGGGUCGUGAUGACAUCAAAGCCAUUGCUUCGAUCUCUGCCGGCAAUGACGAGAGCAUUGGAGCAAUGAUUGCUGAUGCAGUUGACAAGGUGGGCCCCGAUGGUGUUCUAUCCAUUGAAUCAUCAUCGUCCUUUGAGACCACAGUUGAUGUCGAAGAAGGAAUGGAGAUUGACCGUGGAUAUAUCUCCCCACAGUUUGUGACGAACCCUGAGAAAAUGAUUGUCGAAUUUGAAAACGCAAGAGUAUUAGUUACCGACCAGAAGAUUUCGGCAAUCAAGGAUAUUAUUCCUCUGUUGGAACUGGCGACAAAGUUACGAGCACCUUUGCUAAUUAUUGCUGAAGAUAUCACUGGAGAGGCACUGGCCACCCUCGUUAUGAACAAGCUUCAUGGUAUUUUGAAGGUGGCUGCAAUUAAGGCACCUGGUUUUGGAGAAAGAAGGAAAGCUCUUCUUCAAGAUAUUGCCAUUUUGACUGGGGCCGAGUACCAAGCUUCGGAUUUGGGCCUGCAUGUGGAGAACACUGACGUUCAGCAGUUAGGCAUAGCAAAAAAGAUAAAAAUAAGCAAGGAAUCAACCACCAUCAUAGCCGAUGCUGGAUCAAAGGAUGAGAUUCAAUCCAGGAUUGCUCAGCUUAAAAGGGAGUUAAUCGAGACUGACUCAGCGUAUGACUCUGAGAAAAUUGCUGAAAGAAUCGCGAAAUUAUCCGGUGGAGUUGCUGUUAUCAAAGUUGGCGCUGCAACUGAGACCGAGCUUGAGGACCGGAAGCUUCGUAUCGAGGAUGCAAAGAAUGCAACUUUUGCUGCUAUCGAGGAAGGCAUAGUGCCAGGUGGCGGGGCUGCAUUGAUCCACCUCUCGACUUAUGUCCCUGCAAUAAAGGACAAGUUUGAGGAUGCGGAGGAGCAGCUGGGUGCUGAUAUCAUCCAAAAGGCACUUGUAGCACCAGCAGCAUUCAUAGCAGAAAACGCAGGGGUUGAGGGCGAAGUAGUUGUGGAGAAAGUGAAGAGCAGCGCAUGGGAGUUUGGUUACAAUGCAAUGAACGAUUCUUACGGGAAUCUGGUUGAGGCGGGUGUGAUCGACCCAGCUAAGGUGACGAGAUGUGCCUUGCAAAAUGCGGCCUCGGUUGCUGGUAUGGUGCUCACAACACAAGCUAUUGUUGUCGAGAAGCCCAAGCCCAAGAAGACUGUAGCACCUGGGCCCAAAGUCCCAACAAGGCGUUGGUAGUUAUUGUCUCUGAUUAUUUUCGGUAGGAUAUGGCCCAAGAUCUCUCUCUCUCUCUCUCUCUCU